UAUUCCCCUGUCCUCAAGGAAAUGAAGGAGGAUUUGGAGAAGGCAGUCCCUGGUGUGACUGGAAGUGAAGGUCAUCCAGCUUCCCCGCCGAGUUCCAGGACUGAAGCUCUGUCAGAUCACACGGGUCCGGAAAGAGGAAAGGGUGCAUCGAGAGGAGGGUAUUACGCCUGGUGGUCGUCCCGUGUCCAAAGGAAACCCGUGAUGAAAAUAGGGGAGGCAGUGCAUGGCGGAACUAAAGGGACUGACCAAGAGACUGUGCAGAAGAAGCCGUUGCAGGAAGGCAGCAGUGACACGCAGCCAGUCUCUGACCGAAAUGCUCAGGCAGAACAAGCAGCUGCUUUGCCAGGGGUGGACGUAGGGAAAAUCACAAAGGCUGCUGUUGGCAAGGAGCUGCAAAAACGCCACAUCCCAGUGGUUGCUGUGGUCUCAGCUGCGCUGCUGUCCGUGCUGACCCUGGCCUGCAUUCCUAUGCUAUGGAUGUGGAAAAAAUACCUGGCGCGCAAGAGAGAACGGGCAGCUGCAGGACAAGCUCCUCCUGACACCGACUGCGAGAGAGAUCAGAACACAAGCGAAGGCCAAGCAGAGCUGGAGGAGGCUGCAGAGCAGGAUGCACUUGACCAAAGAAACAACCUUUCCAUCCCAUUAUGGUGGUCCUCCAAUGCAGAAUUUGCCGAGCUGUGCAGCGGAAUCAGCACAGACCCCUCCCUUCAGCCCGCAUGGCCCAGCAGCUCUCCCGCUGACAACAUCUCUUCCGUUCAUACUUGCAGUCCUUAGGACUCCCCUGAGCCAUCCAGUGCCCCUGUUACCGGUGCUGAGGGCUCAGGUUCAUUUCCAUCAAGUUCCAUCUUUAUGAUCAAUAAAAACAUCCUAUUCCAAA